AAAGGUUUUUAUCACUAAAGAAAGAUUGUUGGCGCAGAGAAAGUCCCACAUGGCUCACUAUGAUUUAAGUAAAUGGUGGCCAAACCGGUAGUUAUGGCCUAUCAACCAUUGGAUAGCCACAACCAGAAGAAUAGGUCCCAUGAAAAAGUCUCAUGGUUAACUUAUAACAAAGAGAGAAAUGAACAUACACAUCUUUUUUUUCUUAUCAAGGCAAAGGAUUAAUCAUACUCGUUGUUGAAUCAAGAUAUUUAGAUUCUCCAAAAUGAGCGUAGCUAUUGUUGACGGUCCAAUGAUAGAGGAAUUCGUGGAUGACACUGAGGCAUUUGACAAGUGGACCGACCAACAUUUUGAUAUGCUAGACACAGAUGGGAAUGGGGAGUUAUCACGCGACAAGCUCCAAAAUAGGCAAGGAAAAUACUCAUCCUGUGAAUUUGAGUUGCAAAGCAAGGAAGAAAUUUCAUGUUUAUAUGACGCCCUUCUUGAAAGAUUUGAUGUUGACAGAAGUGGGACGAUCGAUCGCAAAGAAUUUAGGGCGCUUACGAAAGAAAUCAUGUUGGCUAAGGCUAGAGGGAUUGGCAGUUCCCCAGUUUUGGUCAUUCUUCAAGGGGAUAGCCUUGUUAUGAGGGUUGUUCAACAUGUCUUACAAAAAUAAGAUGAACAUGAAUGAAACAGUGAUGCUCAAAUUCUCUUUUGUCCGUUUCAAAUCUGAAUUUACUUGUUCAUUUCCCAUUAGUUGUUACUUGUUACCUCAUUUUUUAUCUUGUAUGCGUGACCGUCUUUUGUUUUUAAAAUGGCUAUUGCAGUGAUCAUUAUGUUGAAUUGAUUAAUAUGGCUUUU